CCGGGACGGACGACCAAAAAGUGUAUUUCGCGACAUCUCGAUUUUUGAAGCCUCAAGCCAAACAUCGCUACGAAUCCCACAAUCAACACGAUGUCGUUCUUCCGCAUUACGCUCAUGCGCUCCGCCAUCGGGCUGCCAAAGCGCACACAGGGCGUCCUCAAGGCCCUCGGUCUCCGCCGACGCAUGAAGACGGUCUUCUACCCCGUUUCGCACGAAGUCGCUGGUCAAAUUAUGAAAGUCAAGGAGUUGGUGAAGGUGGAGGAGGUUGCGGAGGCGAAGACGAAGGAUGAGCUGAGUGCGGAGAGGCGGCCGGAUCCUGGGUUCUUUAUCGAGAGGGCGGUGCCGAGGUGAAAGGGGAUGGGAGGGAAAUAUAAUGGGAGGGACGGUGCAGUCUUGGGACAGUGUUGUUUGAAGUCAUUGGGAUGAGCGCCUGGACGAAAGGAUUGACGACAGUCGGAUUGGCAGAGCGGAGGCAUGUCAACCUUGGGACAACAGGGAGGAAAAGUCUCGUGUACACAUAUUGCAGAGCACGGCAACGGCGUUUGGGAACAUGUACUGUAUAUGUAUAGACUGUAACAUAAAAGACGACCUUUAAAUGAAUCUGAUACCAGGC